AUGGAAGCGCGGCGGCGACAGCUGUACAACAAGUACUCCUACGUCGAGGGCCACGAGGCUGACCCGAAGAUGCGCGAGCUCGAGGAGAGGCAGCGAAGAAACGAGAUCCUCGCCGUCGACCGAGAGGUGGAGAGGUACAAGGAAGAGGCUCGGAUAACGCGGCGGCGCGGGGGCGGCGCGGAGCUACCGCUGGGGCGGAGGCUGCUCCAAGGCUUUUUCGCGCCCCUCACCAGCGCCAUACGGCUCGAGCAGGAGCACGUGCGUCUAAAGGUGCGGGGCGUGGACCGAAGCAACUACGGCCCCUUUCUGUUGAUGCUCAACCCCGACAAGCUCGCGGUCAUCACCCUUCACACCGUCAUCUCGCAGCUCAUGAAGGGAGAGCAGAUGUUCGGAGAGCCGAACGAGGCGCAGGCGGGGAUGUGCAAGUUCGUGCGCGCGGUCGAGAUGCUCGGGCAGAGCGUGCAGGCGGAGGUCAACCUCGCGCGGCUGCGACAACGGGCGCGACUGACAAAGAAACGGUACCUCGAGAGCAAAAACGGCCCCCACGUCCACGACAGGUUCAUGAAGGUCAACAUGGAGAGCCUGAAAACGUUAACCACGGUCCGGGGCGUCGCGAGGCUGGCGCGCACCGCGCUGAACGACUCCGACUGGGGCGGCGUCACGAGGAGCAAGGUGGGCGCCGCGCUGGUGAAGCUGCUGCUCACGACCGCGCGCAUACGCGUCCCGGGACCGGACGGCGAGCUCAUCGAGGUUCCCGCCUUUUACCACGACUACGUCAAGCACAAGGCUCACAGGUACGGGGUGAUCUCUUGGCACGACGCGUUCUUCACCUUCAUGGACGACGAGGCGAUGAUCCGCGCGACGCUGUCGCCCGUGCGGUACAUGCCGAUGGUGACCCCGCCCCGGCCGUGGACGCGGUUCAACGCGGGGGGGUACCUGCGAACGGAGUCCAUCGUGAUGCGCGGGCACUACACCACGCACGGACCGUCCAAGCGGCAGAUGCUCGCGCUGCACGGCGAGCAGUCGGGGGCGGAGCUCGACGGGCGGGCGGCCAAGUUCCAGCCCGUGCUCGACGCCCUGAACGUCCUCGGCCGGACGGCUUGGAGAAUCAACGAGGACGUGUUGCGGGUGAUGGAGGAGGUGUGGGCCACUGGCGGCGGCCGCGCGGACGUUCCUCCCCGCGAAAACGUGCCCGACCCGACCUGGCCCGCGAACCCCUACGGCCUGCGUCGGUCGCGGGGACAGCUCGCCGCGACGGCGCUGCCCUCGCGGCAGGACGUCGCCGGGUUCAUCCACUCGCUGAACAGGACCAAACAGCGCAACCGCGAACUGCACUCGCAGCGUUGCGAUUUCUUGAUCAAGCUGCAGGUGGCGAAGGAGAUGCGCGACGAGGACAGGAUCUACUUCCCGCACAACAUCGACUUCCGCGGGCGCGCGUACACCAUGCACGUGCACCUCAACCACCUGGGUUCGGACAUCUGCCGCGGCGCGCUGGUCUUUGCCGACGCCCGUCCACUCGGCAACGACGGUUUGGACUGGUUAUACAUACAAGCCGCGAACCUCUACGCGGGGGGCGUGGACAAGCUGCCCAUGGACGAGAGGCGUCAGUGGAUCGAGGACCGCGUACACCUGUUAGAGCAGUCGGCACGGGACCCGCUGGGCCCCGACGGGGGUUUCUGGCUCGACGCCGAGGACCCGUGGCAGUGCCUGGCGUGUUGCUUCGAGAUUGAACGAGCUCGAGCCUCCGGCGACCCGCCCGCGUACAUGUGCCGACUCCCCGUCCACCAGGACGGCAGCUGCAACGGCCUGCAGCACUACGCGGCGCUCGGACGUGACGAGGCUGGCGGCGAGCAGGUCAACCUGAUGCCCCGCGAUCGACCCGGUGACGUCUACACGGGCAUCGCCAACGUCCUCAAGCGGAUCGUGGCGGAGGAUGCAAAAAACCCGGAAGAUCCGGAGACGCAGGCGCUCGCCAUCGCGCUCGCGCCGCACGUGGACCGCAAGCUGGUGAAGCAGACCGUGAUGACGUCCGUGUACGGCGUGACGCACAUAGGCGCCAGGCAGCAGAUCCAGAACCGAUUAAAGGAGAGGGGCGCGGUGGAGGACGAGAACCUGCGGUAUAAGAUGGCCAACUACGCCGCCCGGAGGACUCUGGAUGCGCUCGCGAACCUUUUCGUGAACGCCAGGGACGUCAUGGCGUGGCUCGCGGAGUGCGCCAGGGUGGUUUGCAGCCAAGGGCGGGCGGUGGAGUGGACCACGCCGCUCGGUCUGCCGGUCGUUCAGCCGUACCGGGUGAAGAGCCAGCGGAUGAUUCGCACGUUGGUGCAAUCGUUUACGCUCCAGUUCGACAACGACGAAAACUCGGUGGCCAAGGCGAAGCAGCGCAGCGCGUUUCCCCCAAACUUCAUCCACAGCAUAGACAGCGCGCACAUGAUGAAGACGGCGCUGGCGUGCCACGAGGCGGGUUUGACGUUCGCGGGGGUUCACGAUUCUUUCUGGACUCACGCGGGUGACGUUCCGGAGAUGUCGCGGCACAUCCGCGAGAAGUUCAUCGAGCUUCACAGCGAGCCGCUGCUGGAGAUGCUGUACGAGGAGCUGAAGGAGAAGUACCCGGAGGUUGCGCACGAGAUACCUCCGCCGCCGCCCAUGGGCAACAUGGACAUCGAGCAAGUGAAGGACUCGAUCUACUUCUUCUCGUAAUAA